CCAUGAAUCAGGAAGAGCCGUCCGUUACUCCCUCUUCGGAUUCCUAUCAUCCGAAUGCAGCACUAAUUCAGAUGGUUGACCCCACGGGGGAAUCAACUUCGAGUCCAUCACGAUCAAGUGGGCCUUCCAGUGCACUUCCCAAGAAACGAGCGCCUUUAGCGAGUGUUGCUUGUCAGGACUGUAGACGACGGAAAACAAAGCCUGCUUGCAGCAAUUGUACGAAACGGGGCGUGCCGGCCUGCACAUAUGACCUCGAGCCCAACCAGUCCCGUGUUGCUGCAUACAAACAGAAGAUUGAGCAACAGAUCACUUCCAUCAAGAAGCUGGAAGAGGAAAUCGAGGUACUGAAAAAGUCUCCCCUUCACACUGGAGGGGCAACUCGGACUCCUGUGCCUGAGCUAGCCUCGACAUCACACAACAACUCUUCAGGCGGAGUCCCGAUGCGACUCCUGCUGAAUCCUGCUCCGGAACCAGGCGGCCUCUCUUCUGGCUUUAGUUCGUCCAAUGCCCUUGGCCAAUAUAACCCAGCCUCACUUCCGACCAUACAAAUGGUUGACAGGGAAGCAGAGCUGUUGCGCUAUCAACGCAACCUCGAGAGUGAGAUGCGCAAACUUCAGGACGAGAAUCGCACGCUCCGGACGCUGAUCUCGCUGCUCAAUUCAAUUGAUGAUCGGGCCAUGGCGCAGCAGAUGGCCAAAGAGAUUCACACUCAUGGCGUAACCGACGAUCUCCUGUCCAUGGCCCAGCAUUUGGUUGCUACGCAAGUAUGGAGAACUAUGCUCCCAAAUUUGCAAAAUCAAGCUAAAUCCCAACCUCAGCGACCGCCUGGACGUGCCGCAGAAAAUCCGUGGUCAAUACCA